AUGUCUGAGGGUCUCAAGCGCGUCUUUGCCGAAAAGAAGGAGCAGGACCAGGCCGCCUUCGUCACCUUCCUGACUGCCGGUUUCCCUACCGCUGAUGCCACCGUUCCCCUCAUGCUCGCCAUGGAGGCGGGCGGCGCCGACAUCAUUGAGCUCGGCGUCCCCUUCUCUGACCCCUCUGCCGACGGUCCCGUGAUCCAGAAGGCCAACGUUAUUGCUAUUGAGAACGGUGUCGGCUACAAGCAGUGUCUCGACUAUGUCAAGGAGGCUCGCGCCAAGGGCCUCAAGGCUCCCGUCAUCUUCAUGGGUUACUACAACUCGUUCCUUGCCUACGGUGAGGAGAAGGCCGUCGAGGACGCCUACGCCGCCGGCGGCAACGGCUACAUCAUCGUCGACCUCCCUCCUGAGGAGGCUGGCCAGUUCCGUGGCAUCUGUGCCAAGACUGGCAUGUCGUACGUUCCCCUCAUUGCCCCCUCUACCACUGUCGAGCGCCUCAAGUACCUCGCCACUAUUGCCGACUCGUUCAUCUACGUCGUCUCCAAGAUGGCCACCACCGGCUCCUCUGCUGCCGUCGGCAUGAACGCCCAGCUCCCCCAGAUCCUCCAGCGUGUGCGCCAGAUCACGCCCGUGCCCCUGGCUGUCGGCUUUGGUGUUGACAACCGCACCCACUUUGACUUUGUCACCUCGGCCGGUGCCGACGGUGUCGUCAUUGGCUCCAAGAUCCUCAAGGUCGUUUCCGAGGCCCCCGCCGGCACUGCCGAGCAGGCUCUCAAGGACUACUGCCUGACAAUCUCGCUCAAGGGCCAGAACCCCCCCGCCCUUGGCCGCAAGGACCCUGCCAACGACGCUGCUGGCAAGCCCGACCCCGCCAUGCCCAUCCCCAACUCGCUUGCCGACGACAAGGCCGAGUUCUCCGUCAAGGCCGGCGAGAAGCUUCCUUCCAAGUUUGGUCCCUUCGGCGGUGCCUACGUCGCCGAGUCGCUCGUCAACUGCCUUUCCGAGCUUGAGGCCGCUUACAUCAAGGCCAGCAACGACCCCGAGUUCUGGAAGGAGUACGAGGCCAUGUUCGAGUACAUUGGCCGUCCCUCGAGCCUCUACUUCGCCGACCGCCUCACCGAGAAGAUGGGCGGUGCCAAGAUUUGGCUCAAGCGCGAGGACCUGAACCACACUGGCUCGCACAAGCUCAACAACGCCAUCGGCCAGAUCCUCCUUGCCAAGCGCCUGGGUAAGACCCGCAUCAUUGCCGAGACUGGUGCUGGCCAGCACGGUGUCGCUUCCGCCACUGUCUGUGCCAAGUUUGGCAUGGAGUGCGUUGUCUACAUGGGUGCCGAGGACGUCCGCAGGCAGGAGAUGAACGUCUUCCGCAUGAAGAUGCUCGGCGCUACUGUCGUCCCCGUCACCUCGGGUACCCAGACCCUCAAGGACGCCGUCAACGAGGCCAUGCGCGAGUGGGUCACCCGUCUUGACGACACCCACUACCUCAUUGGUUCGGCCAUUGGCCCCCACCCCUUCCCCACCAUUGUCCGCGACUUCCAGCGCGUCAUUGGCCGUGAGAUUAAGCAGCAGUCGGCUGAGAAGUUUGGCAAGCUCCCCGACGCUGUCGUUGCCUGUGUCGGCGGUGGCUCGAACGCCAUCGGUGCCUUCUACGACUUUGUCCAGGACGAGAGCGUCCGCCUGGUCGGUGUCGAGGCCGCUGGUCACGGUGUCCACACCAACCUGCACUCGGCCACUCUCGGCAAGGGUGUUCCCGGUGUCGUCCACGGUGCCGCCUCGUACAUUAUCCAGGACAUUAUGGGCCAGCUCAUCCCCACCCACUCGAUCUCGGCCGGUCUCGACUACAACUCGGUCGGCCCCGAGCACGCCUACCUCAAGCACAUUGGCCGUGCCGAGUACAUCUCUGCCGACGACGAGCAGUGCCUCACUGCCUUCCGCUGGACCACUCAGUGCGAGGGUAUCAUCCCCGCUCUCGAGUCGUCCCACGGUCUCUGGGGCGGUUUCCAGCUCGCCAAGACCCUCCCCAAGGACCAGAACGUUGUCAUCGUCCUCUCGGGCAACGGCGCCAAGGACGUCGAGGAGGUUCUCCUUACCCUCAAGGACAAGAAGUGGGCCGACAAGCUCGACUGGCACGUCGCGCAGUAA